AUGGCCCAUUCGUCCGACCACCGUGACAGCUUCAAGAGGAGAUGCAAAUGGGUUAACGGCCCUCUCAUUGUAGGAGCCGGCCCUUCGGGUUUGGCCGUGGGUGCGUGCCUCAAGGAGCAUGGCGUCCCCUUCGUGAUCCUUGAGAGGUCAAACAGCAUCGCCUCCCUGUGGCGAAACCGCACCUACGAUCGCCUAAAGCUCCAUCUCCCCAAGCAGUUCUGCCAGCUUCCCAAGCUCCCCUUCCCCGUCGACUUCCCCGAGUACCCCACCAAGGACCAGUUCAUAGACUACUUGGAGUCCUACGCCGCACGCUUCGAGCUGAAUCCACAGUUCAAUGAGACAGCGCAGUCGGCGAAGUUCGACGACACGUGCGGUAUGUGGCGCGUCAGGACCGCCGCCAGCAGCAACGCCGAGGUGGAGUACAUUUGCCAAUGGCUGGUCGUCGCCACGGGGGAGAAUGCAGAGUGCGUGAUCCCGGAGAUGGGAGGACUGAAGGAGUUCGGCGGGCAGGUGAUUCACGCGAGCGACUACAGGUCCGGCGAGGCCUACCGGGGAAAGCAAGUCCUCGUGGUGGGCUAUGGCAACUCCGGCAUGGAGGUCUGCGUCGAUCUCUGCCACCACAAUUCCUUCCCCGUCAUGGUCGUCCGCGACUCGGUACAUGUUCUACCGAGAGAGAUUUGCAAGAAAUCGACGUUCGAGUUGGCUGUUCUGUUGAUGAAAUGGUUUCCGGUCAAGUUGGUCGACAGGAUUCUGCUGGCCUUGUCGUGGAUGAUACUGGGGAACAUGGAGGAAUACGGCCUGAAACGACCAUCUCUUGGUCCCUUGGAGCUCAAACACAAGCAGGGGAAGACGCCGGUUCUCGAUCUGGGAGCGCUGGGAAAGAUCAAAUCCGGUGAGAUAAAGGUGGUUCCUGGAAUCAAGCGGCUCUUGCAUGGCGGUGUGGAGUUGGUCGAUGGCCGCGUCAUUGAUGUCGACUCGGUCGUUCUUGCCACUGGUUACUGCAGCAACGUUCCUUCAUGGUUGCAGGACACUGACUGCUUCAACAAGGAUGGUUUUCCGAAGCAGCCAUUCCCCAACGGGUGGAAAGGGAAGACAGGGCUUUAUGCUGUUGGAUUCACAAAGAGAGGGUUGGCCGGUGCAUCCCAUGAUGCAGUGAAGGUAGCAGAGGACAUUGGCAGGGUGUGGAGAAAGGAAACUAAGCAGGCAAAGCAUAUCAUUGCCUGCCAUAGGAGAUGCAUCUCACAGAUCUGAUGAAGAGCUCUGUAGCUCGUGCUCGUUUGCUG